AUGGUCUUCAACUAUUGCUUAUUGUAUUUUGCAGAUCUUUGCUUCAUCUGGAGGCAGGCCAUUAUCGUUAUCAGGCCUGCAUUUUCUGAUCGCCACAAUCCUUUCUUCACGGAAAUGGCUACCGCUCCGAACAACAUAAUUGAGAAUUUCAAGUUAGGCCACGGUUUACUGUUCGAUCAAAGUGGUUUGCGUUUUGCGCGCAAGUCUGCAGUUCAAGUGAAUUGCUCCAUUGAAGAAUCGCCAAAGACAAAACCCUCUGUACAGCUUAUAAACAUUCACAAAAUACGAGAUACAUACAUAUAUGCAAAUAACCUUACACUUGAUAAAGACGACCCUCUCUUUAAUCCCCCCAAACCAUUUUCUCAUUUUAAAGAAAACAAUCCUUUUUAUGAUGAGACGCCUGAUAAGACG